UUUUGAAGUGAGGCGGAGGUCUUAUUUUGAAGCGGUGCACAGCUUUUAUUUUGAAGUGAGCUUUUAUUUUGGAGCGAAUGGGUCAUGUGUUUCCUGCGGGAAACAUGGCGAAGCUGGAGGUGUUGCGGUUGUUUGUUAACGAGCGGCUUACGGCGGCCGUUGACGACAUCUUCCAAGUUUUCUCUGUUACCAUCAAAGAUUACGAAGAGCAAGUUUAUCGGUUAAAACACGUGAUCGACGGACGAGCCGCAGAUCUGCAGAUUAGCUCCAGCGAAGAGCAGCAGGCAAGUGGAAGGAGCGUCACUGUGUAUUCGGAUAUCAAACAGGAAGAGGGUGGAGCUUCAGGAGCCCAGGAGACAUGUACCAAAUUCACACAGUGCCCUAAUUGGCUGAUGGAGAUAAGCAAAGAUGACUGUACCUCAUUGUCCAAUCAGAUCCAUUCAUGCAGUGCAGAACAACCAUCUGAACCACAAUCCACUGGGAACAAAGUUUGGAGUGGGAAACUGGAAGUGGAGGAACCAGAACCCAGCUAUCAGGAACCAGCUGAUCUGCAGAAUUUCACCACUGAAGAACAGCAGCAGCACAUUAAACAGGAAGAGGGCAGAGCUUCAGGGCCUCAGGAGGCUGACACCUGGCUUGUGGUGAGGAACAACAAUGAAGAAAGUCAGUCACAGAAUCAGGUCCAGACAUACCUCACUGGCAAAGUAAGUCCAUCGCCCAGUCGGAUCCAGACACACUUGAGGGAGGAGCUUCUCUCUGACCUCCCAGUGACAUCACAGCCUGCCAUGAGGAUUAUUGUACAUCCUGUUCACCACACUGACUCCACUUUGAUUCAGUCUGGUGAGUUGCAUAGUUCUGAGUUAUGUACAGACUACAGCAGCAAUGCUGUGGCUGGCGAAGCCCCAAAAGAACCACAGAGGAACCGCCGGUCUGGGGGUCUCCAUGGCAACCAUGCAAGGUCUACACAGAGGAAGUUCAGCAGGACGCAAACAAGGUCAUUCCUCUGUAAAGUGUGUGAGGGUUAUUUCUACACACAGGGCCACCUGAUCAGGCAUGCAAUGAACCACUGCAAGCAGCUCGAGCGCCGCUGUGGCGCCUGCGGGGAAACUCUGGAGUCCACUGAGAGUCUCAGGACUCAUCUGCGUUUCCAUAAAGAGAUCGGCAGCACCUGCGACUUUUGUGGGAAGAAGUGUGGCUCAAUCAAGAGGAUGGAAAUCCACAAAAGAAUCCACACAGGAGAAAAACCAUACAGCUGCACCUUCUGCGGCCGAGAUUUUAACCGGAAAGAAAGUCUGGAACGGCACGCAAUGGUGCACUCGGGAGAGAGACCGUACAGCUGUUCUGUGUGCCGCAGAACCUUCACAAGGAGGAACUACCUACUCAGUCACCUGAAGAACCACACAGAGACUCACAGCAGGGCAGCAGGGCCUACUGAGGCAGAUCCAUUCAUAUACACGUUCUGAAGAACCAAAUGUGAAUCUCAGGUUGGCUUUCAUGUUGUAAAGUCUUUGCGCUAAGCUAGGCUAGCUCUGUUACACCGUGGAUCAUGCGAAUCUGGUAGAUGGCUGUCGGUUACCAAUCAGAGGAGUUCCCAAAUUGUUUAAUGCAUUCAUUUAAAAAUUAUGGACUUGUUGGGGGGGGGUAAAUCUAAUAAUAAAACCUUAUUUUGAA